AUGCGGCACAUCCCAGCACUUCGAGGCGAGAAUAGUCAGGAUCUACUCAGUGAUGACACGAGUUCCCACGAACGCCGCCCUAAAUUCGAGGAGUGGACGAGCGAUGCUCUCCGCGCAUUCGAUAUUUUUUGGCAUGAUCCAGAGAGGAGAAAACAUCCUAGUUAUUUCCAACCCGGCAGUCCUCCACUUUCAAGUGGCGCAUCAAGCAGGACUACUGUAUCUCAAGGCAGACAGAUCUUCCCCCCAAAUACCUAUGCUACUCCCUACAGGACGAUAGCACUAGAGCAGUCCCAUCAAUAUUGGGAUACGACGAAACAGCCCCAUCAGCUUUCACGGGAGAUGAUACCCCGAUUCUACAAUCCGGACCGUUUGAAAGAAAAGCUUCUUGGUCCUGAGAACUAUAAGCAUUGGGCGGAUCGGAUGAAGAAGAAGCUUGGGCAGUGCGGCGGAUUGUGGAUCACCAAUACUGAUAUGGAAAUGCCGGCGCACAACAGCUUGAGCACACAAUACAUCCUGCCCAACCUCAAUCUUUGGAUGAUGGUUUUCAGCAACGUGUCACAGCCCAUACGACGAGAACUCUGUGCUUCACAAGCAUUGGAUGCACAGGAGGCAUGGCAAUUUCUGGAGAAGACAUAUGGAAGAGACGUUCCCAUGAAGAUGCGUUCAGUUCAGGGCCUACGUGAUAUCAUGAGUAUCAGGUAUGACAAGUGCGCAUCACUGCAAGAAUACAUAGAGAAGAUGGUGUUGUGCAGCCGAGCAAUUCAAUGUAACCGCGGAGAGAAAGACCAUGACGACGGAGGGAAAGACAAUGGCCGCGGAAAGAACCGCGACCACGUGAGAGGAAGAGAUGAAACUAACGAAUGGCUGUGGUGCCAAUUCAUCUUGGUAAAUCUUGGUCCCGAGUGGGAGUCUUGGGUCUCUGAGCUGGUAGAGAAAUUCGAAGAUAAAGAGAAAAUGCAUGCUGCAAUAUGCACUUUCAGAGGACUCUUCCCAAUCAUCGAAGCAGAACAGGCACGUCGCACUCAAGCUUCUCGUUACACGAAGUGA